CAUAAUUUAUGCAACAUAAUUAAAUCUGAGAUUCCUUGUAAAUAUCUUAGAACAAAAAAAGACUUGUUAACCAACUUUUUAGGCUCUAUAGCAUAAGUGCAACAUCAUUUUAUACCUUGGGCUCCAUUUAAGGAUAUAAGUACUGUACAGAAACAGUUUAUUAGUAGCUUUCUUUUUACCAGAAGAUUUUCUAUUUUCCUGUUUGUAUGACAGCUCCUUUGUAUGAUAUUUUAUUUUUAUUUUAAUUUUAUGCCAUGUUAUUGAGCCAUCCUGUAUUACUUCAUCGAAAUAUUAUUAUAAAACUGUGUUCAAAAUAAUUUUAAUGUAGAUUUUAUUUCCACCUUCUCUUCCAUUAUUUAUUGAUUUGAAAUACUUUUUAGGUUAAAAAUGGCAUACACGAAAUGCGUGUGGGUAGAAAAAUUAAACGGUAUGGAGCAAGAGGCAACAAUACCAUCAUCGUGGGUAUUUGCGGCAGAAGGCGUAAUUAGGUGGCCGGUAAAAGUAAAUGCCCUGAGAGCAAUGCAGGAGCAGAGGUUGCCCCAGGAAAACUGGAAAACCUUCAACCUAGUUAAAGUAAAACUAGCUGAUGAUGAUAUAAGAUUAUGUGAUGCAUUCAAUGUUACAUCUGCAUCAAAUGAAAGUGAUGUAUCAGAUACCGAGACACUGAGCCGGUCAAUCAAUAAUUCGCAAUCUACAGACUGCAAAAAUAUACAUUUUCAAAAUCAAGCUCUACCAGAAGUCGUCCCUGCAACUCUCCAAGCUGCGGCGCAUAACACAUAUUUUCAAAAUCCAAAUACCUCUCCUGUUAUUGCGAUGAACAGUAAGGAGAUAGAUGUUCCUUCGAAAGUCAGAUCUGAAGAGAGAAGUAGUGGUACUCCAAUUAGCAGUGCCAGCAAACGUAAUGCAUAGACAUUGAAGAUGAUGCUGCUUGUUCUCGCUUUCCUUUGUCCGAAAAAAAAUUCCAAUACAAGACUCUUUCCAUCCUAACUGAGAUGCGAGACAUGCUCAAGAAGUUAGUGGGGGAGCAGGAAAUAGAUAUAGAAGAAGAAUACAGAAUAUGCGACACACACGAGGAGCUGUCGUCGCUAGAGGUGAAG